AUGAAAAACGAGAAUUUGUUGAGUUCUUUGGGAAGGAGUGGUGGUGGUGGAGGCUCUCCAGAUAUUCUCUCAUCAUCAUCAACAACAAUAACAACAACAUUGGACAGCACAACAUCCAAUCAACAUGAAUUCUGGUUUACAUUUUCAUCAACCUCGGACGUUAUUUAUCCCAAUGCAUUUAGCCCGGAGAUGUAUAAUUUAUUUAUUAUGAUUGUUUACAUGUUUUUGUUGUAUUGGAUUUAUAGGUUACUCGAAACUACUCUCUCCAAUUCUUACCUAUUGUAUGUGAUUCGAUCAGGAGCAUUUAAUAUUGUGAAUAUUGCUAAUUUUGAGAACAUUGAAAACAUGUGGGGAGAAGGCAAUAUUCGUUCCUACGUUCAAGCAUUAUUUAGUGGAUCCAUUUCUUCUCCAGUGCAUACCGUGAAGAGAGUGAAUGGAACAGCACACAUGAAGAAAAAUACCUUUGCAUGUUUUUAUAAAGAGGAAAAUGGAAAGAAACUUCACGGUGUUAAAUUUCAGUUGGAUUGUCUUGUAAAAUCGAGCGUUCAGCUUUUCUGGGGAGUUUCAGAAUUGUCUUUCAAGAAGAAAAUUUUACAACCUUUCAAGGAUAAUUUUGAGAAACUUGUGAAAAAUCAAAGCACAGACAAGAAUGAUUCAUUACAUGAAGGAACAUCUCUAGAGGAGCAGCAUCAACAUGAAGACGAGGAGCAUAUCAUGGCAAGAGGAUUACUUGAUGUUGAGGAACAUCAAUUCGAGGAUAUUACAUCCAAUUCAGAAGAGCUGACGACACCUCUUUCUCAAAUUGAUAUGAAUCGCUUACUCACCUACGAUGAAUAUGUAGAAAAAAGUGAUCUUGUAUUUAUAGACAAAGGUCUGGGACAAGCAUUUGAGAUGCCUACCGAUGACAUGUUUGAAUCCAAUGUUUCUGACAAUUAUUUCACAUCCGUGGUAGUGAGACAACCCCCUACUGCAAAUAACACAGACUCUCACGAAAACAACACUGAUCAACAGCAACAACAAGAACAAAAUAAUCCUGAAAUUAAUAACACAGAAGAAGAGAGAAUUGGAAAUCAACUCACUCAGGAUCUCUUGGCUGACGAAGAUGAAAGAAUUUCAUCUGAUUCGAAACUUCCACUCGUUAUUGUGAUCAAACCUACUCUACAGGCUCAAGACUACCUUAAAAGAUAUGACGAUGAAAAUCUAGAGACCGAUUAUGACAGAGAACUUUAUUGUUUAUAUGUCAUUUGUAAUUUUAACAGAUAUGAAAAUGCAGAAGAAGGUGUUUAUUACCGAGGAAAUGUUGUCAAGAUUUUUGCCCAAACUGAAUCUGAAUUAUUUGAGUUGGAAGAAGUGUAUGGAGCGGAUGAGAAUGAUGAAAAUGAAGUCGAAGAGUGCAUUGUUUGCUUUUCCGAGCCAAGAGAAGUCAUCCUGUUACCUUGCAAGCACAAGUGUGUUUGUCAUGAAUGCUUUAGUAGGAUCGACAAGUGCCCUAUUUGUAGAAGCAACGUGCGAAGUUUUAUUUCUGAGAAUACUUCUUCAUCAGAAUCUACUCAACCAGCCGCAACAACCAACGAAAGUGUAUAA